AUGUACGCAGGUCGCUCAGAGAGAUAUCCUGUUCGCUCAUACAUCCCUCUUCCAUCAAAGCCAUUGCCAAUACCGCGCAUCCAAUAUGACUUCCCCGAAGAGACAAAGUUAGAGCGCAAAGUGCGAGAGAAGCGCAAGGACGCCGUAAAGGAGACCUUCAUGCACGCCUGGAAUGGCUACAAAGACCGUGCAUGGCUUCGAGACGAGGUCUCUCCCCAAAGCGGGCGUUUCGUGGACUCCUUCAGCGGCUGGGGAGCAACGCUGGUUGACUCCCUAGACAGUCUUGUCAUUAUGGGACUAGAGGAUGAGUUCAAGCUUGCGCUGGAGGCAAUCGAGCAAAUUGAUUUCACCACCACCCGGAGCGAAGACGUCAACGUCUUUGAGAUCGUUAUCAGGUACAUGGGCGGAUUCUUGGCCGCCCAUGACCUCACACAUGGCAAGUAUCCGACGCUGCUGCAGAAAGCAGAGGAGCUAGGGGAUAUGAUCUUCAACGCAUUCGAUACCCACAAUCGGAUGCCUCAAGUCCGCUGGGAAUGGACCAAAUCCGCGAAAGGCCAGGAGAUCAACCCGCUGGAGCGGACAUACCUGGCCGAGCUGGGCUCAUUCUCGGUGGAGUUCACGCGGUUGACACAGCUCACCCGGAACCCGAAGUACUACGACGCCAUCCAGCGAAUCACGGAUGUAUUAGAUGAUUCCCAAAUGACCACCCGAGUCCCGGGCCUCUGGCCGCUCGUCGUGAGCGCAGACCGGUUGGCUUUCGAUGGAUACGACUUCUCGAUGGGCGCUUUGGCAGAUUCCACCUACGAGUAUCUCCCCAAAGAACACAUUCUCCUUGGCGCACAGACAGAUCAGUACGAAAGGAUGUACACUCGGGCUUUUGAGGCCAUGAAAAAGCACCUGCUUUUCCGGGCCAUGACACCGGAUGAAGACAAGAAAAUCCUCUUUACUUCUGACCUGCGGGCGAACAACGGAGGCUACAAUCAUGUCACGCAUAGCUCGGACCAUCUCAAAUGCUACAUUGGAGGCACAGUGGCGCUUGCCGCGAAGAUAUUCCGCCGUGAGAAAGACCUGGAGAUCGCACGCGGACUGACGGACGGCUGUAUCUGGGCUUAUGAUUCGACGCCGUCAGGAGUGAUGCCUGAGAUUUUCAAAUACGUGCAAUGCGCCGACUCCGAUCAGUGUCCAUGGGACAAAGAGAAGUGGCAAACUGCAGUUCUGGGACAUCCUCCUGCCUCCGCGGAACAAUACAGAGAAGCCGAUAGAAUGAUUGUCGAACAAAACAUUCCGCCGGGCUUUGCCAGUUAUAAAGAUCUGAAGUAUCAGCUCAGGAGACAAGUCUCUACAGGAUACGGCCUGGCGUAUGUUCCAGAACAUCGACAGGCUGACUCGUACAAAUACGGACAUUCCACCGCCUGGGACGUUCGUGAACCGGAUUCUGGCUUGUCCGAUAAGAUGGAGAGCUUCUGGCUUGCAGAGACCCUGAAGUAUCUUUAUCUCAUCUUUUCUGAGCCACAUGUCGUCAGUUUGGAUGAUUAUGAGCACUGA